AUGCUUAAUUUCAAGUCAACGAACCGAAACCUACAAGAGGAAAAAUUAGUACCAGCAGAAAAACAAAAAGAUUCACCAAAUGAACAGCACACCGCACCGCAAAUGACGCCCAGCAGAAAAG